CUUUGUGGAGGAGAUGGCUGGCCGCUCCUGUCCAUCAGCCGGGGAGUCGCCAGCACCCAUGGACGGAGCCACAGACCUGCAUUUGGAAGAGCAAAGUGGCCCUGCAGGCGGAGCAGACAAGGACCACCAGGCAGAAGCCUUGCUGCACGCAGCACCCGCCUCUCUGCUGGACGUCCUCAAAGAAGCUGGGGGAGACGCGGUGGUGGAGUCCGAAACGGCAGAGGCACCCGUUGCUUUGGCUCCAAGCACCCCAGGGACCACAGUAGACUCCCUGGGAUGCACAGAAGGACUAAAGAGCCUUUCAGAGGAAAGAAGGUUUGCAGGCUCCCCCCAGGAAAAGGAAAACCGAAAGAAAAGAAAGAGAAACAAGGCCUGGGCAGAGGAGAAGGAAUGCCAACGAGAAAAGAAAAGAAGGAAGAGAGAAAGAGAUGGGGACUUAAAAGAAGCAGGAAGGUCCAGCAGGUCAAGAAGCCCAGGUGCCGUUUCCCUGUUACUGGCUGAAGCCCUGUGACUCCCGGGCCCGCCCCCCGCCGCAGUUGAUGUUCACAAUAAAAGGAUCUUUUCUC